AUGCGUUUACUUGGGCUUCUCUCUGUUCUCCUGGGACUGUUGUCCUUGGCCUCGGCAACGGACAAUGGCAAGACUACCGAUGUGACCUGGGAUCAUUACAGCCUCACUGUCAAAGGAGAGAGAGUUUUCAUCUUUUCAGGCGAAUUCCACUACCAGCGACUUCCUGUCCCGGAGCUAUGGCUGGACGUGUUUCAAAAGCUAAGAUCAAAUGGGUUUAACGCGAUUUCCAUCUACUUCUUCUGGAGCUACCACUCUGCCUCGGAAGAUACCUUUGACUUCGAAAACGGUGCCCAUGACAUCCAGCGCGUGUUCGACUACGCCAAACAGGCAGGUCUGUAUGUAAUUGCGCGCGCUGGGCCUUACUGCAACGCCGAAACUUCCGCCGGCGGCUUUGCUUUAUGGGCGUCGAAUGGUCAAAUGGGCAGUACGCGCACAAGCGCAAGUUCCUACUAUGAUCGAUGGUAUCCCUGGAUCCAAGAGGUCGGCAAGAUCAUUGCCGCAAACCAAAUCACGAACGGUGGCCCGGUCAUUCUCAAUCAACAUGAAAAUGAACUGCAAGAAACAACCCACAGUGCUGAUAACACGGUCGUCAAGUAUAUGGAGCAGAUUAAAGCUGCGUUUGCUGAAGCGGGUAUCGUCGUCCCAAGCACCCACAAUGAGAAGGGAAUGCGCUCUAUGAGCUGGUCCACAGAUUACGAGGACGUAGGCGGUGCCGUCAACGUCUAUGGCCUGGAUUCUUACCCAGGUGGUUUGUCGUGUACGAACCCGAACACGGGAUUCAAUCUUGUUCGCACAUAUUAUCAGUGGUUCCAGAACUACUCCAGCUCUCAGCCGGAAUACCUGCCCGAAUUCGAGGGUGGUUGGUUCUCUGCUUGGGGAGGUACAUUCUACGAUCAGUGCUCUACUGAGCUUUCGCCGGAAUUCGCCGACGUCUACUAUAAGAACAAUAUUGGUUCCAGGGUCACCUUGCAGAAUCUGUAUAUGGUUAUGGGUGCUACGUCUUGGGGACAGAGUGCUGCACCUGUUGUUUAUACUUCCUAUGAUUACUCUGCUCCUAUGCGUGAGACUCGUGAGAUUCGGGACAAGCUCAAGCAGACUAAGCUGAUUGGAUUGUUUACUCGGGUCUCUUCUGGUCUGCUAAAGACCCAGAUGGAGGGCAAUGGAACGGGUUAUACCAGUGAUGCUAGUAUCUACACCUGGGCCUUGCGCAACCCAGACACUCAGGCGGGCUUCUAUGUUCUCGCGCAUUCUACAAGCUCGUCUCGUGCUGUGACUAGCUUUUCGCUGAGUGCUAACACCUCCGCUGGUGCAAUCACUAUCCCAGAUAUAGAGCUAGACGGCCGCCAGAGCAAGAUCAUAGUGACAGACUAUCAGAUCGGCAAUGGCUCGAGCCUUCUCUACUCGUCCGCAGAAGUUCUGACCUACGCCACCCUCGACGUGGACGUCAUCGUUUUCUACCUGAACAUCGGCCAAAAGGGUGUGUUUGUGCUCAAGGAUGCGCCAACUCUCAAGUUCCAGACCUACGGUAACUCGAAAGUAAGCUCUGCUUCAUCGGAUCAUGGUACUCAGUAUACCUACACUCAAGGUGAAGGCACAACAGUGGUCAAAUUCUCGAACGGUGUACUGGUCUAUCUCCUCGACAAAGAGACGGCAUGGAACUUCUUUGCAGUGCCCACUACUUCCGAUCCGCUCGUGGACCCCAGCAAGCAGAUCCUUGCCUUGGGGCCAUAUCUAGUCCGGACAGCAGCUGUCAGUGGACACACUGUCAGUCUUGUUGGCGAUAACUCCAACAAAACUUCUCUCGAGGUUUACCCGGGUAACUCAAAAGUCACCAAGAUCAAGUGGAACGGCAAGGAACUCUCAACCAAGAAGACAGCUUACGGCAGUCUCAUCGGAUCAGCCCCAGGAGCCGAAGAUGCCAAGAUAUCACUUCCAACGCUGAAAUCCUGGAAGGCCCAAGACACACUCCCAGAAAUUCAGCCAGGAUACGAUGAUUCUCGCUGGACAAUCUGUAACAAGACAACCUCCGUCAACUCCGUGGCCCCUCUCACACUCCCGGUCCUUUACUCCGGAGACUACGGAUAUCACGCCGGCACAAAAGUCUACCGCGGUCGCUUCAACGGCAGCGCGACCGGCGCAAACCUCACUGUCCAGAACGGCGUCGCUGCCGGCUGGGCCGCCUGGUUGAAUGGGAUCUACGUCGGCGGAGCCGUUGGCAGUCCGUCUCUAGCCACUACCUCGGCCCAGCUCCUCUUCAACAGCUCCAUCUUGAAGACCGAGAACGUGCUCACCGUCGUCAUGGACUACACCGGCCACGACGAGGCAAAUGUAUCUCCCAACGGCGCCCAAAACCCGCGCGGAAUCCUAGGCGCCACACUCCUCGGUGGCAAUUUCACGUCGUGGCGCAUUCAAGGCAACGCGGGCGGCGAAAAGAACAUCGAUCCUGUCCGUGGACCCAUGAACGAAGGAGGCUUAUACGGUGAACGGCUCGGAUGGCACCUCCCCGGCUACAAGGCUUCUAAGACGGCUACAUCGAGUAGUCCGUUGGAUGGUGUGUCUGGGGCCGCUGGGCGGUUCUACACGACGACUUUCAAGCUCAACCUUGAUUCUGACCUCGACGUUCCGAUUGGUCUGCAGCUUGCUGCGUCUGAUUCCCCGGCUGUGGUACAGAUCUUCAUGAAUGGGUAUCAAUUUGGACAUUAUUUACCUCAUAUUGGUCCUCAGACGAGGUUCCCAUUCCCGCCGGGGGUUAUUAAUAACCGUGGAGAGAAUACGCUGGCAAUCAGUUUGUGGGCCUUAACCGAUGCCGGGGCUAAACUGAGUCAGGUGGAUUUGGUUGCUUACGGCGCUUAUCGGACUGGAUUUGAUUUCAAUCACGAUUGGUCCUAUUUGCAGCCCAAGUGGAAAGACCGGAGUCAAUAUGUUUAG